AUGGUCGUCCAGCGCUGGAGUCUGAAUUUCAGCACCAGUGACAGCUCCCUCUUAAACUGCAGCACCAAUGUCAGCUUUCGGGACCCUUUGGUGCCCCAGGACCCGUCCGGUCUGAGCAGGACUGGCCACACGGUGGUGGCAGUAUUCCUCGGACUCAUCUUCGUUCUAGGAUUCCUGAACAAUCUCCUUGUCCUUCUCAUUUUCGCCAAGUUCCAGUCACUCAGGACACCUAUCAACCUGAUCCUGUUGAAUAUCAGCGUGAGCGACAUGCUGGUGUGCAUAUUCGGGACUCCCUUCAGCUUCGCCGCGAGCCUCCACGGAAGAUGGCUCAUAGGACACCACGGGUGCAAGUGGUACGGCUUCGCCAACUCACUUUUCGGCAUAGUCUCCCUGGUGUCCCUCUCCAUACUCUCCUACGAGCGCUAUGCCACUGUGCUGCGCUCCACCAAGGCCGACGUGUCCGACUACAGGAAGGCCUGGCUGUGCGUGGCUGGGUCCUGGCUCUACUCCCUGGCCUGGACGCUGCCCCCCUUCCUGGGCUGGAGCAGCUACGGCCCGGAAGGGGUGGGCACCUCCUGCUCGGUGCAGUGGCAGCAGCGCUCGGCCAACAGCGUCUCCUACGUGGUCUGCCUCUUCAUCUUCUGCCUGCUGCUGCCCCUGGCGCUCAUGGUCUUCUGCUACAGCAAGAUCCUCAUCGCAGUACGAGGGGUGGCCAAGAUCAACAUGACGUCCGCACAGAGGCGGGAGAACCACAUCCUGGUGAUGGUGGUGUCCAUGGUGUCCUGCUACCUGCUGUGCUGGAUGCCCUACGGCGUGGUGGCGCUGUUGGCCACUUUCGGUAGGAUCGGGAUCAUCACCCCUACAGCCAGCAUCGUGCCCUCUAUUCUGGCCAAAAGCAGCACCGUACUCAACCCCGUCAUCUACGUGCUCCUCAACAACCAGUUCUACAGGUGCUUUGUGGCCUUCAUGAAGUGCGGGGCAGAUCCUCAGUCCUGCCACACCCUCAACACCCAGCAGAGCAGCAGAGCGGAGGACCAGCCAGCCAACGGGACCCACCUGCACCCCCUGGAGCCCGGCGCCCUCCCCGAAAUGCAGCCCCUCGGCCCCGGGACCCCCGCUGGGCCACGGGCGGAACAGGAGCAGCGUAUCCUGACUCUGGUGGUCCACUACUCCCCCUGA